AUGGAUGGAGGCGCUCGGGGAGUCUUCUUUACAAGCCAGACCAAAGAAACUCAUGCUGCCCCCAAUACACAAUUCUCAUUCCGUGCAUCGAAAGACCAGCGGCAAGCCUUGAACCGAUUCAACAAGCACAUCCUCGGAGAAAAGUACUCGAAAGAAGCGGCCAGACUCUACCCAUUGUCACGAGACAAAGCCAAGAAGCGCAAUACAGACUUUGACCUGGUGCAACGUGUUCACGAAAGCGAGAGUUCAGAGCUAAAGACCCCACCGGAACCUGAACAUGCUCUAAGGGUUACAUUGGAGGCGGACGAUUUUACAGAGGAGAAGUAUGUGUUGUUCGAGAACUAUCAGCGUCUUGUUCAUCAUGAACCCCCUGGUCGAAUUUCAAAGAGUGGUUUCAAGAACUUCCUUUGUUCCUCUCCACUCCCGAGAAGCGAGACGUCUUUUGAUGGAAAGGAACGCAAGGUCGGCUCAUACCACCAAUGCUACAGAAUCGAUGGAAAGCUCAUCGCAAUUGGAGUUCUGGACUUAUUGCCUCAAUGUGUCAGCGCAGUCUAUUUCAUGUACCACGAAUCCGUCAACGAAUUUAGUUUCGGGAAGAUAGGUGCGUUGAGAGAGGUUGCAUUGGCGAAGGAGCAAGGUUAUAAGUGGUGGUAUGCCGGAUUUUAUAUACACAACUGCAUUAAGAUGCGGUAUAAAGCAGACUACUCCCCACAGUACAUGCUGGAUCCGGAGUCUUAUGAUUGGAAUCUUCUUGAUAAUGGAUUGAAGAACAAGCUGAGCGACAAGAAGUACGUGAGUCUAUCACGUGAGAAGACAAUAGGGGAAGUGUCUACAGAUGCACCAGGUGAUGAGAUGGAGACGGAAAAGAAGAUUGACGACGGCUUGUACUCGGACGACGACCCAUCAUCUCUGGAUCCAGAUACUCCUCUGUUCUCCCGAAAAAUGCCUGGAAUUCUCACAAAAGAGCAACUCCUCACGGAAGUCGACUUGGAUCACGUUAAACUCCGUUUACGUGGACAGGAAGCUCAUACCUGCGAUCUCGUGAGUUGGGAUGACGGUGACGUUGAGGAUCUAGCCUCUAUGAAGGGAAUCAUUGGAGAGUUAGCGUCUGCUGUGGGACCAAGAGUGGCACAAGACAUGGUUGUCUCUUUCGGUGGUUGA